AUGGGUAAUUCGGUCACACGCUGGUUGCAGUUCACGGGUAAACUCGUCAAAGAUGACCAUGUACAGAAGGAAGGAGAUUAUGUAAAUGAGUAUAAUCUGGUUUAA